UGGGAUUACCUUUGGAGAUACCUAGACGCCGUGAUUGCUAGAGCCUGGGAUUAAUUGUAGUGCUUGCGCAGGGUGAGACUGAGUUGUGCGUAACGCUUAGUGUGUCGCGUAAGCGCGUCUUGCUUGGUUGGCCUUUUUCGUCGCGUUGCUGAACGGCAGCUAAGUACCUGUGUUUCGCUGGAACCGCUUUUGCCGUAGCGUUGUAGUGAACAUCGCAGUUACGCUUUAGCGUUAUGGUAUCCCGCUGAUGCUCAUUCCCAGGCACCUUAGAGGCUGUAUUGCCCGUUUUCGAGCUCAGAAUGAUCAGAACGAUUCGAAUACGCAAACGGAAUCGCAUUUUCUGCAUCGCAUGGCUGGUUGCCUCCUUCCUGCUCCUCCUACAUCUCCCUCCCUCGGAAGCGUUCAGUAGUCACGUUGACGAGGAUGUUCGCCCUCGUUUCCACUGGCAUCAUCGGCAUCGCGAAGCGACCAGGUUACCACCCACUGGCGACAGCAGCUCUUUCGCAAAUACAAAGAGCCGGACGUUCAGUCCGCUCACCCCGUCCGCUAGUGCUGACUCACUGACUGAUUCCGAUAGACUGACUGGUUCCCACAGUUUGACUGAUCCCGGCAAGUUGACUGAUUCUGGAACAUUGACUGAUUCCGUCAGAGCAACUGAUACGGCAGCUGAUUCCGAUGACGAUGACGAUGCCGAUAUCGCUUUGCUUGCCGCUAACCCUGCUUCCGCUUUCGAUGACGAUUUCUAUUCUAAUGGCGUAACCUCGUUUCAAUCACGCCUCUCAUACGCACAGCCCCGCCAAUCAGCGGUGUUUAAAGCCAGACCGGAUACACUCUUCCUAAAUUCACGGGACGAAUACCAGUCCUCCUUCUCGUCCUCCACUCCCUCCUCCCCUUCCUCACUCCGUUCCUCCUUCUCGUCCUCCCGUCCCUCCUCCUCUUCCUCCCUCCGUUCCUCCUCCUCCUCCCCUCCCUCCUCCCCUCCCUCCUCCCCUCCCUCCUCCCCUCCCUCCCUCCGUUCCUCCUUCUCCUCCUCCCGUCCCUCCUCCUCUUCCUCCCUCCGUUCCUCCCAGCGCUUCUCUUCCCCUCGCCUUUCCUCCUCUCUCCCGCGCCCCUCGCGAACCUCCUCGCAGUCCUCUUUCCCUUACAAGAGCCCCCAUAGAUCAUGGAAGCUCCCUAAAAAGAGAAGUCCGAGCAUUAAUAUUAAUAGGAUAGGAACCCAGCGAGCGUGGGCUCCCGCUGCUGCUACGCCCGAGUACGUACACCCUAGCGAGGUGUCUCUUAACGCGGCUUUAGCGUUCGAGCGGCAGAGGGUGCUCCGGCAGCAGCAGCGGAAGCGGCAGCAGCAGGUGACGGGCCCUUGCAGCCCGCUGGCGACUGCGAAGGUGCUGGCGAUUAAGUCGUACGCAGACAUCGCGAAGCGAUUAAACUUCGCGCCGACGCAGACAGUGAUGCUGGUGCUGUCGCCUCCCGGGUUUAUCUCGACUCAAGGGUUGCUGUUCGACGGGAACUACUCGUGCACUAUCCUGCGAAGCAAGAAGCCAGCGCAAAGAAGUUACAUCAAGCUGACGCACGCCAUGGCGCCCGUGCUGCGCAUCUGGAACACGCACAACGUGAUCGUCAUGGACGUCAACUUCUACCUGCCCGUCAAGUCCAGCUCGCGCGUCUGCUCCUUCACUGAAGUCGGCAAGAACCUGCUGUGCCCCGCCAUCCAUAUUUGGCGAAGCUACGGCAUUCAAGUGGCCAAGGGCGAGGUGUUUGGGCGAAUAGACGUGUUUCGCAGCAUGGAGUCGCGGGUCGACGGCAUGAGCGUCACGGCCACCUACCGCUUUGUCAACUCCCCGGGGGUCAUCCGCAUUGGGGAGAGCGGGUACGGGCCGGAGCUGGUGCGCUCCAAUAUAGUCAUCUCCAAUAACGAGGCGUAUGGCGUGGACACCCCUAUUGUGAUGCACUGGGGCGCGGUGGGCAUCACAGUGGUCAACAAUUUCGUCCACGACUUUGGCUUUGCGGGCAUCCGCUGCGGCGCAGACGUGCACUUUGCGGGCGACUGCAUGCUGACCAACAUCUCCAACAACAUCGUGUACAACUGGCGGCGGAACUCCUCCGGGGAUGUGGAUUCUGCCGGGAUCUACUACUGCACGCACUGGUUCAGCCCGGGGAACGUUGCCGAGUGCAACUACGUGGCCGGGGGCGACCACUGCUAUUACCUGGAUUACUGCACAUCUGGCGUUGUGAUCCGUGGUGGGGCGUGCAUCAACACAUACGACGGCAUCAAAGUCAACAAUGGCAAGCAGAACGUGAUAAAGUUCGUGAUUCUAAAGAACGUGGAGGGCAUGCCAGGGUGGUGCACAUGUUUCACUCCCACGGUCAACAACUGCCGCAAGGACCCCGGCACGUACUGGGAGAACAUGCGAGUCAAAUACUACAACACUGACUUAUUCAAAACACUCUUCCCUUGGUGGCCGAGUGUCUGUGAAGACACAUCUGUUAACGGGGUUAGUUGCAACCCGGCCAAUUCUAUGUCGGCUUACUUGACUGGCAACUGCAGCGGCCUUGCAACUGACAACUACCUCGAUCUCGUCGUUGUGAAUAUGACUAAGAGGGCGCUCGACUACAAGUACUGCGAGAAGAUCCCAGUGAUGCCGAAAUUUAAUACGCAUAAAAUGAUUAAUAUCACCACGGGUUCGUUGAAGGUGCUGCGAAAAUUGGGGUUCCGGAACUACAAGCGGCAUGACUUGGCGAUCGAGGCGUGGUCUCCGAUUUACAAAUGGCGGCCGCGAUUCAAGAGUUGCCGGAAGGGUUUGGCGGGAAUGAAGGUGAUUACCAGGGAGGAGUACAGAAAGGCGUUUAAUAUUCCCAAGCCGGACUAUUUCGAUUUUUGCUUGAACAUGAACCUGACCCACCUUCAUGAUAGGUCCUUGUUUUGAAUCAGUUUGGCUUGUAACCGAAGUUGCACAACCUCUUAAAUGUGAUCUAACAACU